GGCUUGGAUGGUGGAAAAUCCGGGGAAGAGAGUCAAACGCUGGCUUGAUUUUGAUUUUGAUUUUGAUUUUAUCGGGGAAUGCUAUACCUGAAGCAGCCUACGGUGGUGGUGGUGGUGAUGGAGUUUAGAGGCCGGGAGAGAAAGUAGAGACAGAACUCUAGGUUGCAAUUGAAUGCCAGAGUGAUUGAUUCCCGAGCCGAGGCUCGGGGAUCGUGAGGAAUAUUUGGAAAGCAAUGGGAGAUGUUCCGGAAAUUGUGCAGCUACAACAGCAUCAAGUCCAGCCUGAUUCUCCACCACCAGUGCUGCCUCCUGAUGGCUUUAUGCAGAAAUUCAGACUCUACGAGACUCGAUCGAAUUUUUAUAUGGUAGGAAGGGACAAAACUAGAACCUUCUGGAAAAUUUUGAAAAUUGAUAGGUUGGAACCAUCAGAGCUUGACAUUCAUGAAGACACCGCCACAUAUAAUGAGCGGCAGUGCUCAGAUUUGUUAAGAAGAAUACAUGAAGGAAACAGAGCUACAGGAGGACUUAAAUUUGUCACUACUUGUUAUGGCAUCGUUGGAUUCAUUAAAUUUCUCGGGCCAUAUUACAUGGUGCUCAUAACCAAAAGGAGGCAGAUCGGUGUAAUAUGUGGUCACAGUGUGUAUGCUAUAUCAAAAAGUGAGAUAAUUCCCUUGCCAUCUUCAGCAGGAGCCAACAUGGUCAACUAUAAGAAUGAGAACAGAUACAAGAAGCUCUUGUGCAUGGUGGAUCUUACCAAGGAUUUCUACUUUAGUUACUCCUACCAUGUGAUGAGAAGUCUCCAGAGGAACAUGUGUGAUAACGAGACAGGGCAAGUCUUGUAUGAAACUAUGUUUGUGUGGAAUGAAUUUUUGACUCGUGGAAUACGAAAUAUUCUUCCGAACACUUUAUGGACUGUUGCCUUGGUCUAUGGUUUUUUUAAGCAGGAUACACUUUCUAUAUCAGGGAGGGAUCUCAAGCUGACUCUAAUUGCCAGGCGUUCACGACAUUAUGCGGGUACUAGAUAUCUGAAGCGAGGUGUGAACGAGAGGGGCAGAGUGGCAAAUGAUGUUGAGACUGAGCAAAUUUUAAUUGAGGAUGUCCCUGAAGGUCUGCCUUUGCAAAUUAGUUCUGUGGUCCAAAAUCGUGGGUCGAUACCACUCUUCUGGUCACAGGAGACUUCCCGCCUAAAUAUCAAACCGGAUAUUAUAUUGUCAAAGAGGGAUCAAACAUAUGAGGCUACAAAGCUUCACUUUGAAAAUCUUGUCAAGCGAUAUGGGAAUCCCAUCAUUAUUUUGAAUUUGAUUAAGACGAAUGAAAAGAAACCACGAGAAUCUAUUCUUCGCACAGAGUUCGCUAAUGCGAUAGAAGUCAUCAAUAGAGAUCUUUCUGAGGAGAGGCGUCUUAAAUUUCUUCACUUGGAUCUGCAUAAACAUUCCCGAAGCAAAGCUAAAAAUGUAUUGCUACUGUUGGGAAAGGUGGCUACAUAUGCUUUGACGUUAACUGGUUUUUUCUAUUGUCAAGCCACACCAGAGAUGCAAUCAGGGGGGCAGCUUAAAUGUCCUAGGUAUGAGAAUCUUUUUGCUCCUGGCAUGGCAACCUCAUCUCAUGCUGAGAAUGGAAAGCAUAAUGAUGAGGAGACUGAGGAUUCUUAUAACUCAGACAGAAAAUCUAGUGGGGGCAAUAGUAGUACAAACAGUAAUCCUUCUGUCAGUCCAGCAAUGAUCCAAAAGGGAGUUCUUCGAACUAAUUGCAUAGAUUGUUUGGAUCGCACAAAUGUUGCGCAGUAUGCAUAUGGCUUGGUUGCUUUAGGGCAUCAGCUGCGUGCCUUAGGAGUUACAACCUCAACCAAGAUGGACCUUGAUGAUCCAUUGGCUGAAGAAUUGAUGGGAUGUUAUGAGAGAAUGGGUGAUACUCUGGCACACCAGUACGGUGGAUCUGCUGCUCACAACAAGAUUUUCUCUCAGAGAAGAGGCCAAUGGAAAGCAGCAACACAGUCACAGGAGUUUUUCCGUACAUUGCAGAGAUAUUAUAACAAUGCAUACAUGGAUGCAGAGAAACAAAAUGCAAUUAAUGUAUUUUUGGGGCAUUUUCAACCUCAACCAGAUAAACCGGAUCUGUGGGAGCUUGAUUCUGAUCAGCAUUACAAUGUGGGAAGAAAUGGACAAUCAAAUUCAGAUCAUCAUGAAAGGUCACUUUUCAUAAGAUCAUGGUCAGAUGGGAACAUCCUUCGUGAAAGUCAUUCACCCUCAUCUACAUCAAACAUGAAUAAGGAUAUGUAUACCUCUAGUUUCCCUGGUGAAUCGAAUAGAAGAAGCAGGAUUCCUUCUGAGUCUACACCAAAUAUGUAUACAUCAGGAAGCGAGUUAGCAUAUUCAAGUGAUACUAAUCCGAUGCCUACUAGGGAGCUUUUCGCUGAAAUGCAAAGAGUAAGGUACCUUGAACAUGAAAAUGGGGAUGCAAUCGACUGCUCAAACUUUGUUGACUUGGAUUGGCUCUCUUCCUCUGGAAAUUCAUGUGAGGAAGAGCUAUUGGAAAGGUCAAUGCUGAUAGUAUCUCCAACAGCUAUGCUAUCGUCAGAAAAUGUAAUGAACGGAACAAUUAGUGAAAUUGUGCCUUCCACAAGUGAAUGUGGAUCUAGCAGAAGGGGUAGAGAUGAGACCGGUACUGAGCUUGGUUAUGGUGAAGCCCAUAACUAUGAAGUGCUCGAAGAAUUCUCUGAUAGUUUUGUGCAUUGGGUGACCUACGGGGAAGCAAUCUGCCACUGAAGGUAUAUUGUCUCCGGUGCAGAUAGCCCUAUCAGGUCUAGGGGGCGUUUAUUUUCGAGCGAAGGUGAAUGAGGAGAAAGACAAGUGUAGCGGUACGGGUUUGGUUGAAUGGUGAUGGGCAGCAAGUGACCUGGAAUUGAUAACUUAGCUUGAAAGAGUAAAUAGACUACAGUUUUUAAGAUUCUUUUGGAGCUCCUUUCCUUUGUUCGUGUUUAUGUGCUUAAAUAUUUAGUACUGUAUAUAUGAUAAACGAAUGGUCGGAGCUCCACCUUCUUAACCAGGCUAUUUAUUUCUGAUUCUUUUUAUUUAUUUGUGGAUUCCACUUUUAUCGAAA